AUGUACACAUACAACAAGUUUGGUUCAAGAGCAUCAACAGCCACAUCAGGAACACAAUCAACUAAGAAAACAUUGUCGUCUUCUCAAGCCGUUGCCAUUAAAUCAACAAAGCUCACCUCAACAGAAAAGGUAAAAAAGGAUGGAAAGGUAGUUUUGCAACCCAUUGACUACAACAAUCACUAUAUUCAUUCAGGUGAGUAUGCUACGAAAUUCAUUCGUAAUGUGAUAAAUCCGCUUGAUGGCUAUCCUAAGUUGAAUAAACUACACCAGUUGAAAAAAGAACAAGUUGCCAAACAUGCAACAAAAGCAUUUGGUGUUCGUUGUUCCACUGAUAAAAUAGUUCCUACGUUGAACACUUGGACCCUGAAACACAAUCUUAAAUUUGAUGUCAUUAUGAUUGGUGCAUUAGUUGACAAUCAGUUUAUACUACCGGUGUUUAAUAGCUUACCUAUUCACAAAUUGUGUUCCAAACCUGGUUUCUUGUUUAUAUGGUCAACAACACAAAAGAUUCAACAAUUGACCAAAUUGUUAAACAACGACAACUUUAACAAAAAGUUUAGAAAAUCAGAAGAGCUCAUAUUCUUGCCAAUCAAUGACAAGUCACCUUAUUAUCCGCACGUAGCUAAUACAGCUGAAGAGAAAUCGUUAUUUGAGAAACAACAAUGGCAUUGCUGGAUGUGUAUCACUGGCACUGUUAGAAGAUCAACAGACAACGAUUUGAUCCAUUGUAAUAUCGAUACAGAUUUGCAGAUAGAAAGUCCUCCAGCUACCACCAAACAUGGUCGAAAUGCAUGUCCUGUACAAAUUUAUCAAGUCGCUGAAAAUUUCUCUAACUCAAAUAGGAGGUUGCAUAUUAUCCCUUCAAAAUUGGGCCCUGAAACUCAUGUUAAAUUACGGCCAGGGUGGGUCAUACUUGGUCCAGAUGUUUUGAUCAACAACUUUGACCCCGAAACAUACAACGAUGAAUUGCAUGCAAAAUCAGUCAUCAAGUAUAAACAAAAUAUUACAGGAGCAAACACAAGUUUAUCAGCUCAAUUUUUGGUCCCUCAAACAAACGAGAUUGAGGAAUUGAGACCAAAAAGUCCAAUCAUCUCAGCUAAAUAA